AUGUAUCUUCAUUUAUGGCCAAUUCGACUAUGUGAUUGUCCACGUCAAGGUUAUAAUAAGUAAUAAAUUUAAUAUCUCGAAUAUAAUAAUUUUUCAGUACAAUUUUAUUCUGUGAGAAAAUUAAUUAUGAACGAGUAGAUUUUUGGAAUGACAUUAAAUUCACUGUGGUCAAGAUGUUUUCAUUGCUAGUGUAAUUUAUUUAUCAAAAGUUAACAAUGUCUGGAAGCAGUGAAAAACCGAAGGAUGUAUAUGACAAUGAAACAAUGAAUGUGAACUUAUCUAGUUCAGAUAAAGAUGAGAAAUGUGAAAUUUCGAACGAGUUGUCGAAUUAUCGGGAUAUUAUGUUAAAAAAUCAAUUUGACUUGAAGAAAAAAGAGGAAGAAGUUCAGGGAUAUGCUGAAAAAUUGACGAAAAUUAAAUCAAAAGUGAAAUCUUCUCGCCACAGCACAGAAUCCACUUCAAGAGUAGAUGAAAGUGAUGAUAGUAUACAUAAUAUUAGUGAUGCAAGAACUCCAUCCGAAAAGAGCCUUUUAUUAAAAAAAAAGUUAGAAGAAAAUCGUAAAAUAUUUGAACAAAGAAAUAAGGAAUUAAAUGAAAGUAAACGUGCAGCUGAAGUACAAGUUGAGAAAAUACUUCAGCAAUUAAAUGAUAGCUCCAGUGAUAAUAUUAAUAUUCCGUUAGUAAAUCCAAUUGACGAUAAAGAUAAGCAAAUAAGUGAAUUAAAUAGCAAAAUAAAUGAAUUGGAGUCAAUAAUAAUUGAUUUAAAAGAUAGUUUAAGCAAUAAAGAUGCAGUCAUUGAGUCCAAAACAAAAGCUAUUACCUUAGUGACGGAUAACUUAUCUCAAAAAAGCAAAGUUACUCUUGACAAAUUGGAAGAUACUAAAGAUGAAAUGCGUCACAUGCAAGAAACUUUCAUUGCAACUGAAGAAGGGUUUAGAAUGAAAAUUAACAAUUUAUUGUCUCAACUUCAGGAACGAGAUUCAACUAUUAUUGAGUAUGAAGAUAAAAUAAAAUAUGUAACAUCAGAAAAUGAUCAACUAAGAUUACAAAAUGAUCAUUUCAAUCUCAUAAUCAGUAAUAAAGACAAACAAAUUAUCGAAUUGGAAGAGAAGUUUAAAUCAGAAGAAGAUUUACAUAAUUUAAUAAACGAAAAAGAUAACCAAAUUGCCAAACUCCAAAAUAGUAUACAAGAACUUAAUCACAAUAUGAUUAAAAUUAAAGCUCAAAGUAAGAGUAAAUUAAAAAAUUUACAAGAAAGAUUGGAUAGUUAUUAUAAGAGUUCGAGUUCGAAUGAGGAAGAAGUAAACCUAGUCAAUAAAGUUGCAAUAUUAGAGGAAGAAAUAGGUAAUUUACAACUGAUUCUUGUCGACUUUGAUGAAAUUAAGGCUGUUAAUGAUGAUUUGAAAAAACGUAUUACUGAAUUAGAAGACCAGUUAGCACAAAAAACAGAUGAAGUUCAAUCGUAUAAUAAUGCAAUAGUGGCAUUGGAGAACCAAAAGUUUGAGCUCAUCCAAGAAUUGCAUGAAGUCAAACAAGAACUGUUGACAUUUGAUUCACUAAAAUGCGUUGAAUUUGAAGAAAAAGAAGAAUUAUGCAAUCAGAAUCAAAACAAGGACGUAGCCAAUGAUGUUACACAAAAUAAUUUAGAACUACUGAGAGUAUUAAAUGAAUUACAAAACCAAGUGAAUGUGGUAUUAAACGAAAAAAGUGCAUUAGAAGAGAAAUUUAAUAAAUUCACAUUGUAUUUAAAUAGUAACAAUGAAAUCUUAACAGAGUUACAGUCAGAAAUAAUUGACUUAAGAGAUUGGAAUGAUGGCCAAUGCCAUGUCAUUCAAAAGAUAUUAGCAGAUUUGAACGAAAAUCAAUUAGAAUCAAGUCAAAAGAAUUAUUUACUUGACUACCAUCAAGGCCUUUCUGAUAAAAAUCGCAACUUAGAGUUAAAAGUGGUCGAAAUAAGAAAUUCAAUUGAUAUUUUCAGAAAUGUAUUCGAACACUUAACUCAUGAUAAAAAUGUCUGGAACAAUAAAUUCUUCUUCAAAAAUAUCGAUAUUUCUGAUAUCAACGCUCUAGAGAAUUUAAAUAUUAUAAAUUUACUUUCUGACAAUAGUUUUAUACCUAAUAAUAAUAGCUAUAGUGAAAAUAAUUUAACAGAAAUAGAAAAGUUAAUAAAAAUUUUGGAUUUGGAUAAGAAACAUAUUGACAAUAGUAAACUUGUAAUUAAUGAAUUAGUUCAACGAUUAGAAGAAAGUGAUCAUGAUAAAUUGCUCAUUAAUAAACUAGCUAGUGAAUUGGAUGGUUUGUCGAGUAAUAUGAUAGAAGAGCGAAAUUCAUUGACGACAAUAAUAAAUGACACAAGUUUAGAAGAUAAAGAAAUCAUUAGUUAUAAAAAAUUAAAAAUAUUAGACAAAAUACAACAGAAAAAUGAAUUGAUUACAUUACUGUUCGAAGCAAUGUCGAAAUUAACACAAAAUGUUGAACCAAAUAAAGCAAUAAGAAUGCUUCUUGACGAAAGUAUAUUACCAAAUUUCAAGAGAACAAGUGACGAAACCAUAAAUUCAAUCCAAUUACUUCUAAACGACCAAUCAAUAUUGGAGAUUAUACUUUCGUUAAUAACUGAGAACUUUGUAAAUGCAAUUGUUGAAGAAAAAGAGAAAUUGGAUCAUCUUGAAACACAAAUGUCAUCGGUAUUAAGUGAUCGAGACAAGUUAAAAAAACAAUUACAAGCAAUGGACGAAGAAUAUGGUUAUGGUGAUGAAAUAAAACAAAAAUGGGACACCUUAAAAACGGAAUUAGACGAAAAAGAAAAAAUGAUAGAAACAAUGACUGCGGAAAAAAUGAAGCUAAAGGGGGUAGAGAUAAUUGCCGGUUCUAAUAACGAGUGUAUAAAACAAAUAAGUGAAUUAGAAAAAAAAUUAUCUACAAUCAGUAAGAUAGUUGAAGAACAGAAAAUAAAGUUUCUUUCGAUAGAGAGUGAAUCAGAAGAAUUGAAAGAAAAAAUAAAUAUGAAAGAAGGUCAACUAAAUUACGUAGAUAAGUGGUUGGCCGAAAAUGAAGAAUUUAUUCAUAAAAUUAGAAAAAAGGAAUCAGAAAUUGCGUUACUUUCAAGUCAGGCAGAGGAGAAAACAAUAGAAGAAGAAUCAUUAACAUUAUCAGAUUUGACGAGGAUCAAUGAGUUGGCUGUUGAAGUCAAAGCUCUGGAAGAUCAAAUGAAAUUUCAUGAAUCAAUUCUCGAAAAAGUUUUUCUUGAUUCAACUAUGCCUGCCGAUACAAUAGCAAAUAAAAUUUAUAAUUUCAUGCAAGGAUUACAAAACAAGAAUAAUUAUUUAGAGAAAGAGAUCGAAGAAUGGAAGAAAAAAUUAAAUCAAACCCAAAAUCAUAAACAAGUAGACGAAAAACAUGAAGGCGAAAAAUUAGAUUUUGAUACAGAAAAUAAAGACAUAAUGUUGGAGUCAGAAGGAGAAGCUUCGGAACAAUUAGAAAAGAUUGAAAAAGACUCUACACUCGUUUUGGAUGAUAAACGAAUGUUAGAGGACGAAAUAAAAUUAAUAGAUAAUCAACUUGAAUCUGUAAGUGAAUUACAUAAUAAAAUAGCGACAUUAGAAAAUCAAUUGAUAGAAAAAGAUCAGUUAAAUAAUAAUAAUGUUAUUAGAAUCAAUGAAUUAACUGAUGAGAUUGUGAAUUUAAAAGAAACAUUAGUGGUUUGUGAAGGAAACCUUUCACUAGCUUUGAAAGAUAAAGAAAUAUUAGAAAAUCAGAUGAGAGAAAAAGAGGAAAAACUCCAAUCAAUGAAUGAAAAAUAUCAUGAAAAUGAAAUCUUACGCUAUGAGCUAGAAAAUAAAAUGGGCAUAAUUCAAUCAAUUGAAAACGAAAAACUAGCUUUGGAGAAUCAAUUAAUAGAAGCCAAGAAAAUCAAUGAAAAUAAUUUAGAGAAGAACGAUAAAUUAUCAUACGAAAUUGAUGUUUUGAAUAAAAAAUUAGUCGAAUACGAACAGAAUUAUCUAUCUAUCCUAAACGAUAAGAAAGCAUUGGAAAAUGAAGUGAAAGUAAAUGACGAGAAACUUAAAUCAAUAAAUGUAUUGCAGAAAAAAAUUGAAAAUCUACAUGAAGGAAUAGUCAACCGAGAACAAACAAUAGAGACAAUGCAGAGUGAGAAGACUAUGUUGGAGAUGCAGUUAAGAGAACAAGAACAUUGUCAUCAGGAAAAUAUAACAAAAAUAAAUCAAUUAUCAAACGAAAUAAUUGCUUUAAAUCAACGGUUAGCAGAAUAUGAUGAACAUUUUACGAUGGUUUUAAAUGAUAAGCAAUCAUUAACAGAACAAUUGAAAGUAAAAGAUGAAAAACUUGCCUCAAUAAAUGAAUUAAACGGUCAAAUUGAACAAUUAACGAAUGCAAUAAAAAAUAAAGAAAUUAAUCUUGAGUCACUUUUAGGUGAAAAGAAUUCGUUGGAGAAUGAACUUCGACAAAAAAUAGAAUUCGCUCAAGAUAACGCAUUAAGAAUUGAUGAACUAACAAGUGAAAUAUCACAACUGUUGAAGAAGAAUGAAGAAUAUCAAGAUCAGAUUCAAAAGAGCAAUGAAAAAUUGAAUUCCAUGAAUGAAAUACAUGGACAGAUUGAAGAAUUAAAUCAAAAAUUGAAAAAUAAACACGCAGAAAUACAAUCAAUUGUUAACGAAAAAAAUAUAUUAGAAAGUCAAUUAAAUGAAAAAGAACAAAUGCACCAGGAUAGUUUAGUGAAAAUAUAUGAAUUAUCAAAUGAGUUAGAUAUUUCACACCAACAAUUGGCAGAACAAAAAGAGAAUCUGACCAAAAUUAUGAACAGUAAAGAGAUAUUAGAAAAUGAAUUAAAAAUGAAGGAUGAAAAGCUGAUGGCAACUGAAGAAUUGCAUCAAAGAAUUCAACAACUUAGUAUAGAAAAAGAAGAACAACAUGCAGAAAAUCUGUUGAAAAUUAAUGUUCUCUCAAAUGAAAUUGACACACUGAAGAAGCAAAUUACAGAUUAUGAGCGAGAUAUUGCAGCUAUUUCUAGUGAUAAAGAAAUUUUGGAGAAUGAAAUAAUACAAAGAAAUGAACAAUUAAAGGCAAUGAAUUGUUUGAAAGAUCAGAUUGAAGUAUUACAUACUGAAUUAACAGGUAAGAAUCAUUUGAUUGAAUCUCUGACAACAGAAAAAAUUACUUUAGAAGAGAAGUUACAAGACAUAGAAAAUUUAAAAGAAAAAGUUGAUCAAUUAAAUACAGAAAUAGUUAAUAGAGAAGUGACAAUGGAAGAGAUAUUGAAAGAAAAGAAUAUUUUGAUGGAACAGUUGGAAGAGAAAGAACAAUUAAAUAAAACCAAUGCAGUAAAAAUAGAAGAAUUGAAAAAAGAAAUUGAAAGUGCACAACUAGAAAUAUCUAAACGAGCAUGCAACACAACAUCACUGUUGGAUAAUAUAAAACGUCUAGAACAAGAACUGAAGAAAGCUAAAGAAAAAAGCUCAGAUGACCGAGAAAAAUUAGGAACAAUGUUAGAUAAUAUUGAGAAAUCAAUUGAUAACCAAGUGGUUGAAGAUAAAAAUAAAAUUUCUUGGUUAGAGCAAGAGUUGGAAUCUACAAAGAAACAUAAUUUCAACCAAAUGCAAAAAAUGAAAAUCAUUGCUGCAAAUUUGAAGAAAAAAACUAAUCAAUGUCAAGAAUUCGAAAGUGCGGCAAAAGAAUUUAAAGAAAAAUGGGAAAAUGAAAUUUCAGAAAAGAAAGAAUUAAAUAUGAAAUUAGAGAUGUUGGAAUCAAAUCUUAAUGAUAAGGAUAUUAAAAUUGCUGAGUUUAGUGAGUUGUUAAAGAAACGAGAAAACGAUUUGCAGUAUUUGAAAGAGAAAAUUGAUAUACUUGAAAGUGAUAUAAACAAUCGAGUAGUUCAGUUUAAUAAUCUUAGAGAAAAAAUUGUUACAGAGCUUGAAAAUUGUAAAAAAGAACAUUUGGUAGAUGAAAGCUUAAAAGAAACUUACAGAAAAAUUUUAGAUCUUGGAAUCCAAGUCAAAGAAAUAGAACUCUGUAAUAUUAGUGAUUGGAGUUUACUUGGAUUAUUGAAAUCUGAAAGUGAGGAUUUAUUCAGUGAUAGUUAUGUGAAUGAAUUACAAGAAAAUACAGGUAUUGAUUACAGUGAUAAGUAUAACAUGUUUGAGUUUGUCGCUUCUAAAAUUAUUGAAGAUGCAGGAACUAAUAGGAAAGAUUUUAAAAGUAUUAUUUCCAAGAUGGCCGAAAAAUAUGUUAUAAUUGAAAGCCUUAAUUUUAAAAAUAAAAAACUAACAGAAAUAAUUAAUUCAAUUCAUACAAAUCGUCAAGUUCCAAAUGAAGAAUUGCAAUCACCACAAAUGUUAGAACCUCUAGAAACAGCAACCAAAGUAGAAAGCGUAUCAAUAGUAACCGAUGCUAUAGUUGAAGAAAAAACAGGCCACGUUGAAGAAAAUAUAGAAGAAGAGAACCAAUCAACAAUAAAUUUUGAUGAUGAAGAAGUGUGGGGAUGGAAUGAAGAGAAUACAGGACCUUCAGAAUUUAAGAUUCCACUUUGUACUCCAGAAACUCAGAUUCAAAUUAAAAUUGCAGAAUUAGAAGAUAAAGUAAAAGAUUUGCAAGAUAAAAAAAUGGAAGUUGAUGAAGAAUUAAAAGUAAUUCAAAUUAAGAAUAAAAAACUGAUUAAAAAAUUACAGGAAUAUAAAAUUCAAAAUUAUAAUUUACAGCAACAGAUAACAUUACAGUCAAAUUCAAGUAAGCUCAAUGAUUUAGAUUACACGAUAGAAGAGGAGCUAAAGAGUCAAAUUACACAAUUAGAAACAAAUUUGAAAAAACUUCGAGAAGAUAAUGAAAAAAUUUCGACAGAAAGAGAUAAUCUUUCGAAAAAAAUUGAAAUUUUAACCACUACUAAGGAUGAAUUAAAUAAAACUAUGACAAUGAAAAACAAUGAAUUAAUGAUGCAAAUUCAACAUUUGAGUCAGAGUAUUCAAAGCAAUGAUAGUGUCGAAAAGAUUUCUCAUAGAAAGAGUACUGAUUCUGAAAGUGGAGCAGUCAAUCAGGAUAAAUGUAUUGAGCAUGAAGAGAAGAUUUCUAAACUUGAAGAAAAUUUGAACGAAAUUUUAUCAGAAAACAAUGAAUUAAAGGCUUUAAUUGAUACUUAUGAGACUGAGUUGAACUUGAAAACAAAAGAAAUGGAAAAUUUAUCAAGUCAAACAGAGUAUUCAAAACUCAACUUCUUUAAUAUGUUAGAAGAAUCAAACAGUGAAAAAAAAGAAUGCUCAGAUAAUUUAAGUGAUGUAUUUACAAAAUCUGAAAAUGUUCAUGCCAAUCAUCAAUCAACACUAGAAAAAGAAAGGCUAGAGAAUGAUGAAUUAAAAGCAACUAUUUCAACUCUUAAAGAAGUUGAACGAGAAUUGAAUGAAAAAAUAUCGAAACUGGAACAAGAUUUACAAGAAAAGAAAAAUGAAAUCAACGCCAUGGAGCUUAGUUUCAACCAUUUGGAAUCUCUUUGGAAUUCAGAAAUAAAGAAGAGAGCAGAAAUGGAACAAGAACACGAGGAAAUACGAAAUAAAUUGCGUGUUACAGAAGAAGAAUUAAAAGAAGUCUCAUUGAUAAAUGAAUCAAAACUAGCUGACAAUAAAGUAUUGAUUUUAUCAUUGCAAAAUCAUAUAAAUACAUUGAAACAGAAGAUCGAGGAUAAGAACAACGAAAUCAUAAUCAUAAAUUCUACAUACAAUGAUUUAAAACAUAUUUACGAUGAACAGGUGCAAAAUAAUCAGGAAGUACAGUCAAGGUAUGACGAAAUAGUUGCCGAAUUGAAGCUAAAAACCGGUGAAUUUGAUCAACAAUUUCUAGAAAAAGAUAUGAAAAUUGAAAAUUUAGAACAAAGCUUGAAAGAAACUCUUGAAUCUCUGCAUAGUAAAGCUCAAGAAUUAAAUGAUUUGGAAUAUAAAUUAAGGGAUCUUCAAAAUUCAAGUAAAAUCGAAGCUUCAGAGUCGAUAUCUGAACUACAAACUGUACAACUUGUAAAAACUGAAAAUAUUAGGGAUCAAGAAAUUCAAACAUCAGAAGAAAUUUAUGAAAAAUCGAUAAAAGAGCAUGAAAAUUAUUCAAAAUCAUACGAAAAUCUUCAGCGUCAAUUAGCUGAAGUUAAUGAAGCGAUGACUAAUGUUACAGCUUUGUUGAAUAUUCGAGUUCAAGAGGUAGCAGAUCUAAAACAGUACAUAAAGAAAUUAGAAUUCGAUAAAAUGGCAGUUGAUAAUGCUAAUACCGAAUUGAAUAGUGACAAUUUGAAACUUAAUGAUAAAAAUCAAGAACUAACACAUCAUUUGAAUAAAUUAAAAGAAGAAUUAGAUGAAAAAAAUCAGGUAAUUUUAUCUUUAGAAGCUAAACUAAUAGAAUUACAAGCCUUACAUGAUGGUGCCAUUUCUGAUUUAAAUAAUCAGAGUUUAGAGAUAAAAUCAUUAAAAGAUGUAAUUAAUAAUAAUGAAAUUUUGAUACAGAAUUUAGAAGCUAAUGUUGCUGAUCGAGAUACACAAAUUUCUAAUGUCAGAGAAGAAUUAUCUGAUUGCCAUCAUAAGAUUGAAGAAUUAUCAACGAUGAUAUCUGAUCUUCAGAAUUCAAUGAUUUCACCUAAGAAAUUUAAUGAAAAGUUACAUGAAAUAAAACAAUUAGAAGAGACUAUUGAAACAAUGAAAGAAGAGCAUAGUAUGUUGACUGAUGAAUAUGAAAAGAAAUUAAGUGAAAAUACGAUUGCUUUAGAUGAAUUAAAGAGUAACUUGAGUAUUAAAAGUGAAGAAGUAGAGGAUUUGAAAUUUAUUUUAAAUGACAAUACAUACCCAGGCAUGAUUCAAGAACUCCAAGAUAAAAUUGAUCAUUUAUAUGAAGAGAAGCAACAACUGCAAUUAUCAGUAGCAGAAAAAACAGGUGAAUUGUCUUUCCAAACCAAUAGAAGUAAAAACAGUCCAAAUAAUGAUGAUCCAAGUCAAGUUAAAGAUUCAAUUUCAAGUGAAUUGGAUGCAGCUCUUUAUAUGCUUCAUCAACGUGAUGUAAGAUGUGAAGAGUUGACUCACGAAUUAUUACAAUUACUUGAAGAACGAGAUACACUUCAAUUACGUUUAUCAAAUGCAAUAAAAAUAAAUGAAGAACUGAAAAAAUACACACCCAGUACUUCCAAAGUUUUAGCAGAUGAUAUAGAUAGUGGUGGUGAAUCAGCCAGUAGUUCGACAACACAUGACAAACCCCUGGAACCGAAGGAAGAUAUGGAAGUGCUCAAUCAAAAGUUAUCACAGCUCCAUAAUGUCAACUACCAUAGAGACAUACGAUUGAUAGAUGAACGUGAAUCACGACACAUACAACAAAUGUCAGUAAUUCCGCACAAAAAUACGCUUAAUCCUUCAUCGACAGACUCUUCUGCAAGAAUCAUCGAUGCUAAUUAUACAGUCUCACGAGAUGUUCAGAGCCAACCGAACGUACUACUGAAUUGGCUCUGGGGUAAAAGUACUCCAAAAGUAACACACAUGUAGCAAGAGAGACAAUUAAAGAAGAUAAAAAAACGAAAACAUAACACCAUACGAUGAAUCCACAAUAUUUUUUUUGUAUAUUUUCAUACUUAUUUUCAUAAUAACAAUUUCACAUCUUUACAAAAAACGUUUAUACUUGAAAAAAAGGUAUUUUAAAUCGAAAAAAAUUGUAAUUAUAUUGAAAAU